AUGAGAUACACUGCCCUCACCCUCCUCAGCGCCGCCGCGCUCGCCACGGCCGCGCGCCUCCCGCACGCCCGCGCCGACACCCUCCUGUACCCCUACCGCACGUACCGCUACUGGGCGCAGAGCGGCGACUUCAAAGAAGACCCGCAGGACCAGCUCCUGGUGGUCAAGAAUGGCAAGCCCGCCGAGGAGACCACCACGAUCGUGACCUUCGACAUCGGCGCGAACCUCGAGGGCCGCAAGUGCAAGCUGCUGUUUGAUCUGUGGGAGCGAGACGUGUCGACCGGAUCGCAGCAGGCGGAUGUCUUUACCGCGACGAAGCCAACUGGUGCCUCCGCUAAGGAAGGAGAAGUGAGUAUCCAGGCGGUUGCGGCGGCGUCGAAGGAGGUCGCCGAGGUGAUUGUGCAGUCGAGAGAUGAGCAUGUCGGUAGGAUUAAGGUGACUGCGCCGGGUGUCGCGGACUGGAUCAUGUCGUAUGGUGGAUAUCCCGAGUUUGAUUGCCCGGCGGGCGAGAUGGCUGGGUUUGAGUUCGUGGGUGUUAGUGACGAGGUGGCGAUUCGUUGGGAUAUUGGGGUUACUGGGCCGAGGGUUCAGGUUCUGUAG